UGCGUCGCGCGUUGUUGAAUUUCUCCCGGCAAGCUGCUGGAGGAAGAUCACGUGAUCGGUCAUGUGAGCCUGAGCUGGUGGGACCUGGAGCCAUGGCAGCCAGGAAAGCUUCGGAGCCUUUAUCCAAGGCCAUAGUCGAAGAAGUGUGGAAAUGGGGUGGGAUGAAACCCACCGGCGUUACCUUGCGAUGUAUGAUGGAUUUUGGAUCCAUACCGACGGAGAAGAGCCUACUGUUAUCUGCUCAGUUCCUCCACAAAGAGCUCGCGAUUCGGAUUGCAAGAAGAGCUAUUGAGCUGGAGAACUUGCCGUACGGAUUGUCCCAAAAACCCGCUGUCUUGAAGGUGCGGGAUUGGUAUUUGGAUUCUUUUCGUGAUGUUCGAUCCUUUCCUAAAAUUAAGGACAAAAAUGACGAGUUUGCUUUCACCCAAAUGAUUAAGAUAAUCAGAGUGAGACAUAAAAAUGUGGUGCCUACAAUGGCUCUGGGCAUUCAGCAGCUGAAGAAAGAUUUGAACCCAGAGAAAGAGCCGGAGGAGAUUCAUCAAUUUCUCGAUCGUUUUUACAUGUCAAGAAUUGGGAUUCGCAUGCUUAUAGGGCAGCAUGUGGCUUUGCAUGAUCCCCAUCCCCAACCCGGCUGUGUUGGUCAAAUACAUUGUCAAAUGUCACCCAUGCAAGUAGCACUAAAUGCCAGUGAGGAUGCACGCACUAUUUGUAUGCGGGAAUAUGGAAGCGCUCCUGAUGUUAAGAUUUUCGGGGAUCCCAAUUUCUCCUUCCCAUAUGUUCCUUCACACUUGCAUCUUAUGGUAUUUGAGUUAGUCAAGAACUCUCUACGCGCGGUCCAAGAGCGAUUCAUGGAUUCAGAUAAACAUGUACCAGAUGUUCGAAUCAUAGUUGCUGAUGGCAUAGAGGAUGUUACAAUCAAGAUCUCAGAUGAAGGGGGUGGAAUAGCAAGAAGCGGUCUUCGUAAGAUUUUUACAUAUCUCUAUAGUACAGCAAAAAACCCGCUCGAUGAGCAGUCAUACCCUGGAGGAGAAACAGAUCUAGUUACAAUGGCUGGAUUUGGAUACGGUAUCCCUAUAAGCCGCCUCUAUGCUCGAUAUUUUGGAGGCGAUCUGCAAAUCAUCUCUAUGGAGGGGUAUGGAACUGAUGCAUACCUUCAUUUGUCUCGAUUGGGUGAUUCCCAAGAAGCACUGCCAUGAUUCAAAUCCUUUGUAGCAAUCAGAGCUUUACUCAUUGAGUGAGCAUACAGGGAAGUUGAUGUUGUUGCUGAUAAGAAAUUCAUAAAAUGUUCAUUCUUUGGAUAAGGCGGUCUAGCAUUUGUUCAUUCUUUUUUGCUGAUUUAAAAGGUAUACAAAUGUUAUGAUUCAUAGGAAGAAAAAAAAAAUGUUAUAUAGAAUGCUUCUUCAUGCAUGUUAGAGCUUGUGCUGAAAUAUUUGUCUGAGGAUUUACAAGGUAUUCAUGUUAUGAUUCAUAGGAAGAAAAAAAAUGUUAUGUAGAAUGCUUCUUCAUGCA